UGGCCUCUGAUGAAAAGCUGUGUUCCUGCCUUCACCAGCACUGCUCCUAGGCCACACACACACACACACACUCUGCCCCACACACACUCUUACACACACACUCACUCUCUUCGGACACGCCCCUUCAGGUAUACCUUCACAAACCCCUCCCCCUCCCCCAACACGAGCACGCACCAUGUACAGUGUGGAGGACCUGCUGAUCUCUCAUGGAUACAAACUGCCCAGGAGUGGCCCCGCCCCCUCGUCCUCCUCAACCGCUCCCUACGACAAUCGCAACACCGAGUGUCGUCGUGACAACGUGGAGAACCGGCCGGCCGGCGCCGGCAGCAGCGGCGGGACUCUGAACGGGUUCGGGUCGGCGGAGGGCGGAGCGGACGGCCGGACGGAGGCGGGGACAGGGACGGGGGCGGGGACGGGGACGGGGGCGUACCGACCGGCUCAGACUGUAAAAGCGUUCCCCGAGAACAACAAUAAUGUUAACGAGGGACACGAGCGCAUCCCGAGGAGGCUGGAGGUUCCUGUGGGGUUCCUGGGGGACCUGCAGCCACUGGGGGACUCACUCGCCACGGACAGUGGGUUUUACGAUGCCCCCAGCCUCACGUUUUCUGAGCAUACAGAAGAACGGGAUAUUGCCUACUGGAGAAGGAGAGGGCAGGACUUCAGUGCCCUGUUGGAUUAUGGGGACCCGAGGGAGCUGCGCGUGUCCGGUGGGCUGUGGCGAGGCCCAGUGCUGGCUGCUGAGGACCUGAGGACGGAACGGCCACUGGCGCGAUGGGAGGACGGGUCAUGGAUACGAGAGCCUAUAGACUCAGGCCCAGAGACUCUUCGGGUGUCUGGGGAGAGGAAAUGCCAGAGCCUGGGCACAGAGGAGUGGCGCCCUGCGGUGGGUCUCGGUCGGCAGCUGUCUGACGGAGAGGCUGAGCGCUGGUCUCAGGAGCAGCAGCACCGCCUGCGACCUGCAGAGGGCAACGUACCUGCCACGGUCAGGAUGAAAUCUCAGUCACUGCCCCGAGUUCUCUCUCCAGAAGACCCACAAUACAGAGAACUUCCCCAAGCAGGGGGUCCGAGCCAGGCCCCUUCUCAGAGAAACAACAGCUCUGUGCCAUACGGUCGUUAUCACAGUGACUGGCCAAUAGGAGAGCGGUGGAGUGGUCAGCCUCACGGUCAGGGUCCUGUUGCACUUUUGCCAAAGCCACGAUUCAGUCGCCCAGUAAAGCCCCCGUCUUAUGAGACUCACCAGCAAAACAGAGGGAGCUGGGAAACGCUCUCCUCUGAACCGGUGUCCAAACCCAGAGACCGAUCGCUUUGCUACUCUCAGAACUUUGAACCAUUGAGGGACAGGUCUGGAUGCUAUUCUCAGAGUGCAGAACCCUUGAGAGACCGGUCCAUUUGCUUCUCGCAGACUGCAGAGCCUCUGAGAGACCGCAUGUUGACCCACUCUCAAAGUGCCGAACCACUACGAGAUCGAUUCAUUAGUCACUCGCAAAGUGCAGACCUGUUAAGAGACCGCUUUAUAACUCACUCUCACAGCGCAGACUUGUUGAGGGACAGAUCGCUUUGUUAUUCUCAGAGCUCAGAACUACUUAGAGACAGGUCCAUCUGUUACUCGCAGAGUGCAGAGCUACUGAGACCAGAGGCAUAUAGGGCAGACCUGUUUUAUCAGGAACUGACUGGUAUGGAGCCCCCUGGAUACAUACCACCCCCCUCUUACAGGAGAUUUCCACCUUCUAGGGGUGGACAGAUUUUUCGCGCCGACUCUGCCCUUGUUCGGUGGAAACGAGAACCAGUAAGUGCCGAGAUGGGUGAGUGGUUUUCCAGAACAGCAGGAUUGUCGUGGUCAGAACGACGAGAAGACAGGAGUAUGGCAGUAGUCCCUAGGAGGCCAGUGCAUCCAGGACCCGUUGUACCAAAUCGGCCAGGGCACAUUCAGUACGUCUCGUUUGAUGACCCACGCAUCAGGCACAUCUCAGGGGGGCCCGGUGGAAACUCGCUCACAGACGCCGACAAGAUCCGUCACGUCAACAAAGAGCUUCCCUGCGCUGCAGCUUUAGGACAAUCCACACAUGAUAGUGCCUUCCUCCCUGCCCAGGGGCCGAGCACGGAUGCCCACAAACCAGCUCCCAGCGAACAUGAGAAUGCUAGUCGGUGGCACAGGGGAUUGAACAAAGGCAGUGAAAGUGUAGCACCAGACCAGAGCUUUUCCAAGUUCCCCACCACUUUUCAGACCAGGCCUUCGCAACCAGUCAUCAAAGUUGACAGGAGUGCAGACCAGCUGGUCAGGGUAGAUAGAGUUCCAGAUCAAGGUCAAAUCAAGGUAGAUAGGGUAACAGAACAGGUUAAAGUGGACAGAGCUGCAGAGCAGGCCAAAGUAGAGAAAAUCACAGACCCAGUGAAACCAGUCGUAGACCAGGUCAAAAUUGAGAGAAUAACAGAAAUCAAGCCAGACAGAUUUACAGACAAACAAAUUAAAACGGACAGAAUGAUAGAACUGACGAAAAUAGAGCGAGUUCCAGACCAGGUUAAAGCAGAAAGAUACACUGAGAAGCAAAUCAAAGUGGACGUCAAAGUAGAAAGAAUUCCAGACAAGCAACUGAAAGCCGAUAGGAUUUUAGACAAGCCUAGUAAAGCAGACACAGUGCCAGACAAGCAAGUAAAAGUGGAUAAAAUUUCAGACAAAAUCAAACCAGAUAAAAUAGUGGAAAAACUGACAAAAUCAGAUAAAUUAACUGACAAGCUGUUAAAGUUGGACAAGCAGACAAAAUUAGAUCUGACUAUCGAGCAGAUAAAAAAUGAAAAAUCCACUGACAAACAGAAGAAAGACAAGGACAAAGGUUCCUCUGAGAGUGUUUCCACAGCAAAGACAGAGCCAGCCCAGGAGCCUGAGAAAAAGAGCGUGAAAAAGAAAUUAAGUGAGACUAUUUUCUGUUUAGUGUCUGUCCCCCUUUCGCAAUCUAGCGGAAAGUCCAGGGAUCAAAAUAACAAUGAAGAGAAAGAACCAGAUUCACCUCCAAUUCCUCCUCCACCUCCUCCAAGUUCCUCAAGUGAGAACAGCAACACCCUUAGCUCCCUGCCGAACCAAAGCCUCAAAAGCACAUCCACCACCUCCACUGACUUGGAACUGCAAGCGCUCACACUCGGCAGCGCAUCCAGUACCAUCAUCACAAGAAGAGCUCAUCGCAGGAGAAACUCUCGCACUAGGAUAAUUAAGCCAAACCCCCAUGAUGAGCUGAGACGGUAUUCUGGGGCUUGGCCAGGGGACCAGUAUCGUGACCAGGAAACCCAGACUAGCCCUGAACUUGCGAAGAGUGCCCAGCAUCCGGGUCCUGAUAAAAUUGAAGCACAACCUCUGCCUGCUGUCCCCGAAGCAGAGGCCACUGCGGAAAAUGGAGCAGGGGCUCCGAAUGCUACAGGAGCUGCUGGAUCGGCAGGGGCCACAGGAGCCCCAGGAACUACGGCAGUUUCUGGAACUAUAGGGCCCACGGGAGCUACUGGGGCUGCAGGGGCCGCAGGGGCAACAGGUACCACAGGGGCUACCGGAGCCCCUGGGGCAGCAGACCCAGGCACUCCUUAUGGAUAUCCUAUGAAAGGUCAGAAAAGUCUGAAACCAUCCAGCAACAGCGCCUUUUCAAGGACAGGUACCUUCAAGAGCACAGGUUCACACAGACCUCCACUACACCCUCCUCCACACCCUCCACCUCCCCCGCCAAACCAACCACCAUCUCAACCACCACCUCCACCUCCAACACAGCCUCCAGCCAAGUCACCUCCUUUGGACCAGGCUGACGAUUCAAAGUCAGCUGCCGGUGCCAACCCAGACAACUUUGGGCAGUACCUGCUGAAGCCAGUGAGCCGGAGGUCAUGGGACGCCGUUGAGGAGCUAGAAUCCAUUAAUAAAGAACUGCAAGAGCAAGCAAGUAAACGUCCCACUGUGGACCAGUGCAUAGAAAAUCUUAAUGAGGCCUACAAAGACAUCCUGGAGCUCAGCACUGCCAGCAAUAACCUCCCCAACCGCUCCGCCAUGCAAAUCCCUGACCGCAUCAAAGCCAGGCUGUCAUCGGAUCCCCUGGUGAUGUCUGCGACUACGCUUAGGCCCAGCCUGGUCCCAGGGAGCGACCCGGAAUACAGGGAGGUUAAGAGUGCCUUUUCCCGACCAUCAACUGGGAAGAGCGUUAGCUUCAGCAAACAGCUAAGGGAGGAGAUUUGUCCUGCGCCUCCUCCGUCAGAAACAGGUUUCAGGGAUUACAAAACAGUAAUGUCCCAGAUAACUCACCGCAAAGCCUGUAGAUCAGUUAAGCUGGACCUUAUGAUUGGUAGGGAUUCCUCAAUAAAAGAUGAAACUUUGCUUGCUCUAACAGCCUCCUCUGCAUCCAUGGGAGCCGAGGUUCCUUGGGCAGACCGGCAGCCCAUGCAGGACGCCUCCACUCUGACCAGCCCCCCAGACUAUGAGCACAUCUGUCAAACGCUCCAAAUUACCCGCGACUGUGGGGCCAUCAGCAGAGGGGCUUCGGUAAAACCCAAACCAGGUAGUGCCAUGAUCACUGACGCUCCACAGCAUGUAUCCAUGCCUGGAGGAUCUGCAGUAGAUUUAGAGCAGCCGUGCUGCUCCUUAACGUUAGAUAAUAGUGAAAAACAGGCAAGACAGGAGCCAGUCUCUUUAUUUAGGGAAGAGAGAAGCUCAGGCUUCAGGAGAGUAACAAGCCAGAGUAGUACAUUCGUUGGUAACAGGAGUGCGAUGAGUGGUAUUGCAACGUGCAAAUCAAUAGGAGAUAAAGCAGGCUUAGAGGCAAACCCUGAAGUACCUGCUGACUGGCAAAUGCAGCUGUCAUUAGCAGAGAAGCAUAUUGCUACUCUCAUUACAGGGGAAGGGUCCAAACAGGGUUCGGCUGAGAAUUUAGAUGAAAAGGGCAAAGUUGAAAGGGGGGCAGAGGGCAUUUCUGCCAGCCAGUUAGCAGACGAUGAUUCAGACAAGACAGGAAAAGAAGUCAACCUUGUCACUUGUGAGGGAACAGACGUACCGGUAGAAAAGCAGGAAGAUCAGCUGACGCAAGGUGUUGAAAGUCAGUUGCCUGUUGAAAGAAUUAGAGCUGAUGAUAGUCCAGAAGAACAGACAGGGACAGAUUCUGAAAAAUGCAAAGAAGGAGACUCUGCAACAAAAGAUGCCGAAGUGCAAGAGCAAAACCUGGAGUCUGUAAAAGAACCAAGUGUGACUUUAAGAUCGAACAAGGCGUCAAUGUGGACUCAUUCUGUUGUGGAUCCAGGGCUACUGCCAGAGUUUCCCCCUGAUCAUCUACCCUUGUCUGUAUUAGCGUACCCAAACCGUAGGCUGUCUUUAGAUUGUGAGAGGGGUUCUUGGGAAGGAGACUGGUGGAACAAUGGGGACGGUUGGGCCAGAGAAAGGCGAUCUCUCGAUGCCGAGAGAGAGGACUUAGAUGGGGACAGGUGGGUUUUAGACGGUGAUAGACAACAACCCAGUGGGGAAAAGCGAGGUCUAGGUGGUUGGCGUGGGUGUGGGAUUGAUCGGCAGGGUGCAGAUGAUUCGGACUGGGAUUUAGAUGUUGAUAAGCGACAUAAGGAUGCAAGUGAUACAGGUCCUGAUGUGGAUGCAGAACAAAAGGACCUUAAGCAGAGGCAAGAUCAAAGUGAAGAUCAAGGUUGCGCUGCCUCGAAUAGAGACACAGACGGGGACAAGCCUAAAACUCCAGAUAAGGGACAAAUUCGAAGUGCUGAAGUAAGUCCGGUUGUCAGAGAGGUGCAAGGAGUCUCGAGUUUAGGAAGACGAGGCCGUGGACUCUCACAUCGAAUCGAAGCCCUGCAUGAUCGUUUUAUUGCCCCGCCGGGACAUGGGUCCGAGGAGAGACUCGCCCGCAUGAGGGAGGUGGACACUGUCUCACGCAUGAGACGCCUUAGCCUCCGCAGCACAGACUCAUGGGAUGGACUAUAUGGGGUCAGCUUUGUGUCUAGAGCUGAAGAGUUGGGAAGGGAUGAUGAACAGUCCCUUCCAUCCACCCAGGGGCUUCCAAAUGCAACCGAGACGGUGGAGAGAGAGAACAGUGCACCAUGUACAGACAGCAACGAGCCCGGGGAGACACAGGACGACCAGCCAGUCCCAACAGAGUCGCAGGAGCUCAACCAGGCGGAGAAGUCAUAGCUGGACCCUCAGAAGUCUAAGGUCACGAAGGUCACGGGGUCAGGGGUCAUCCAUUGCCACUAAGGGCCAGCUUCCAACACUGUGACCUGGCUGUCUGCUAAAUGCCUUCAUAUCCAUAUGCCGCUCACAUGAUACUACCACAACACACACACUUUAUCACACAC